AUGGAGAACCGCCCCGCCCCCCUCCCCCCCCGCAGCAUCAUCUGCGACAAGGCCGGGCAGCCGGUCUGCAUCAUGUUCCGCGGGCAUACCCUCAUCACCCAGCGCUCCUCCAGGGGCGCCUCCAGCGGGUCCAGCGCCCAGCUCCUGGCCAGCCUCGGGGCCCAGGCCGGCGACAUUCACUCCCUCGCGGGCGCCGGCGGCAUGUCCUCCACCACCAAUGCCUCCGACACGGCCAGCAUCCACUCCAUGUCCUCGUACGCCGAGUCGGUGGACUAUGGCACCGUCGGGGUCGGCCGGUCCGGCAGCACCGCCGCCAACAUCCUCAAGGGGUCCCGCCUGAAGCGCCUCGCCAAGAGCACCUCCCGCUGUGCCAUCUGCCAAGAGUCGGUCCUCUUCGCCGUCGGCGCCGGCCGCAGCACCUGGCGCUGUGAUCUCUGCAACAUCAUCCUCCAUGAGCAGUGUGUCGACGCGCUGGCCACCCAAUGUGUCUUCUCGCCGAUCGUCGACCCAUCCACCCCGACCGGCCCGCAGGCCUCCGGCUCCGCCGACGAGUCGUCCCCCCUGUCGAACAUCCCAUCCUCCCCGUCCAACGUGUCCAUCAGCUCGCUGGCCAGCGUCAGCACCCCCUCCGGCCAGAAGACCCUCGGAUCGCACACCUUCCAGGCCCAAACCUACCGGACCCUGCGCCAGUCGUGCUCCAUCUGCCGCGAGCGCAUGUGGAGCCUCAGCCGGUCCUCGGGCUGGCGCUGCAAGGGCUGCCAGAUGGAUGUCCACCCGCGCUGCUUGGAGGCCGUCCCGGCGCUCUGCUCGCCCAAGUCCCCGGCCGGGCCCGGGCCCGAAGCCGGCAACAGCCCGGCCGGCGCGCGGGUCGCCGGGCCCGGGACCGGGGCCGGCCCCGGCAGCGGCUCCUCCCCGGCCGCCCCCUCCGGCGGCCCGCCCGCCUACUCCCCCUCGGACUUGGAUGACAUCCACGCCGCGGCCGGGGUCACCACCACCGGGUCCAACGCCGGGCCGGUGCCCGUGCGGCGGUCCUCCGGCGGGUCGUCCUCCAUCUUCCGGCGCAAGGCCCGGCCCCUGUCCACCGCGUCGGUGGGCGGCGGCCUCAGCGAUGAGGAUGGCCCGAGCUCGCCCUUCCCCGGGGCCGGCGGCGGGGCCGGCGGCGGGGCCGGUCCCUCCGAAUGGCCGGCCCCCAUCCUGGCCGUGCUGGAGAUGUCCAACCGGUCGCUGCCCUGGGCGGUGGCCGGCCCGGGGCACCUGUUCGAGCCGAUCCUGGCCGGGUGCACCCCCUCGGCCGCCACGUCCAGCUUCCAGCCCGGCACCACGCACGCCUGGUGCCGCGGCUGCUCCAGCUUCCUGAGCUCCGCCCCGCAGCCGAUGGCCGCCCCGCCGGCCGAGCUAUGUGCCUCCGAGCACGCGGUCCUCUCGUUCCUGGUGUCGCUGACGCACAACCGGUCGCAGGCGGCCACGGCCACGGGCACGGCCGCCCCCGCCGCCGCCGCCGAGAUCGACCCCUCGACCCCCGGGUCGCCCGGCCCGACGACCGCCGCCACCCCGGAGCCGGCGGCCGCCCACCACCGCCGCCACAGCAGCCCCACCGUCGCGCCGACCGCCCCGCGCCAUGCGGCCUCCGGGUCCCAGUCCUCGGUGUCGCUGUCCACCACGGCCUUCGGCAUGAGCACCCCCCAGAGCGUGGGCCGGCUGUCCGGCCUGCCGGUGUCCCAGGCCCUGAUGGAUGUCAUCGCCCCCCUGGGCUGGGGCUACCGGUGUGUCUUCUGCUCGCUGCACGUGCACGACCGGUGCCUCGGCGCCGCCAGCAACCCCUGCGUGGCCGGGGCCUACUCGCCGGCCCCGGCCCCGGCCCCGGCCGAGGACAGUCCCCUGGCCCCGGGCCCCGGCGGCGCGCGGCUCCUCUCCCCGGCCGAGAUCGAGCCCCUGCUGGCGGACUUGCUGGCCAGCUCCGAGUCGAUGGCCGGCCUGCCGGCCGGCUGGCUGGCCACGCCGAUCGUCACCCCGGCCGACGGGUACUACGUGGAGGAUGGCCUGCACCACCGGCUGACCCGGCUGCUGGCCGUGCCGGAGCCGGCCGACCCGCUGGACGAGGACCACCAUCCCCCCCCCUCGGGCGGGGUGGCCGCCGGCCGGGGCACCGGGCCGCUGCUGGCCGAUGGCCUGCGCCUGCUCGACGCCGGCCAGCGCCUGGACCCCAUCACCUCGCCGCUGGACCUGGCCGAUGUCGGGUCCAACUGGUACCACCGGUACUUCUUCGGCCGGGAUCACCUGUGCCUGCUGGUUGAGGGGUCCACCCCGACCGACCUGUCUUCCGGCAAUCCACCACAAAUUGUCACCAUCGUCCGGGAGUGGGUGCACCCGGCCGAGGCGGUGGUGGCCGCCUACCAGCCCGGCGCCCGGGCCCCGGCCCCCGGCAGCCCCAUGGCCUCGGCCUUCGGCAUGUCCAGCCUCUCGCUGCAGAGCUCCUCCCCCUCCACGGCGCAGUCGCCCCAGGCGGCCCUCUAUGUGGCGGCCCGCAGCGCCCUCACCUCCGGCCAGCCGAUCCCCCUGCCGGUGGGUGUGUCCGCGCGCAUGCUGCCCUCGUGGCCCUCGUCCCGGGCGGAUGGCGGCGCCGGCGCCGGCGUGGUCGGCAGCGCCGAUGGCGCCAGCCGCGCCCGGUCGCAGUCGGUCUCGGCCGCGCCCUCCGGGGCUGCGCAUUAUCCUCUGCACGCCGGCCCGGCGGCCUCCGGGUCCGAGGCCAGCGUGGCGGCCGAAUCGCAGCCCGGCGAUGCGGCGGCCCCCGGGGGGGCCGCCAAGGCCGCCACCCCGUCGGUGGCCUCCUCGCCGGAUUUGGACUCGCUCCGUGCCACGGCCGGCAGCGCCAGCAGCGUGGCCAGCCUGCCGCGCGCCCUGUCCGCCACCUCGGUCUCCGGCGACAUGGCCCCCACGGCCAGCCUGCAAUACCGCGUCAUCAUUUGGCAGGCCACCGGCCGCAUUCAGGCCGUCGUGCCGGCCACCUCGCUGGGCCUCAUGAAUCGCGAGCUCCAGGCGCACCUGCUGGCCGCGGCCACCGGGCAAAGCAGUGCCGCGGCCGUGGCCGCCGCCGCCGCCGCCGCCGCCGCCGCCGCCGCCGUGCCCAGCUCGCCUGUCAGCCCGUCGGCCCUCCAGCCGCCAUCGAUGUCCCCCCUGACGGCGGCCCCCUCGCCCACCGGCAGUGUGGCGGCCCUGCCGUCGGACCUGGUGGUCCCGCCGACCCCCGGGUCCGGGCAGCUGGUGUCCCACCGGGUGGUCGAUGUCCUGGCCCUGGCAGCCGGGCACCUUUUCGUUCAUCGGGUGCCCAAGUUCCGCCAGCUCACCCAGGUCGCCACGGCCUACGUGAAGAUGGCGCGCGAGCUGCAGCAACUCGAGCGCGACCAGUCGCCACUCACCUUCAAGUUCGGCGUCGUCUAUGCCAAGGCCCGGCAACAGACCGACAGCGCCAUGCUGGCCAAUUCCUGCUGCGACUACACGGCCUCCCUGCCCAAUGGCGUGGACCACUCGGUCGACGGGCACUCCUGCCACUUCGAGCGCUUCCUCGAUCACCUGGGCACCCGGCGCAUUCGCCUGCGCGAUUGGGCCUCCUACACCGGCGGCCUGGACACGGUCAAUGACCUGACCGGCACCCACUCGCGCUUCCUCAGCAUGACGGCCCCGGCCGCCCUGGCCGGCACCGGCCCCGAAUUCGGCAGCGAGGCCAAUAACCUCAAUGUCUCGAUCAUGUUCCAUGUGAGCACCUACCUGCCGCUGGAACUGCCGGCCGGCAUGGUCGCCACGUCGGCCCCGAGCUUGACCUCGGUGGCCGAGUGCGACACCGACCAGCGCCAAUCCUCCUACCACCGGCCCUCGGCCGAGGCCCUGGAACUGGUGCAGUCGGUGGCCACGGCCGCGGCCGCGGCCGCCGCCCAGGCCCAAAGCCACCGCACCGGCGCCGGUGGCCCGCCGGCCGGCGACACCCCGGCCGCCAUGGGGGGCACCGACUCGCCGGCCACCAUGGCCGGCAAUGGCCCCGGCCAGCAGCAGCAGCAGCAGCAGCCCCCCCGGUCGCACAGCGCCUCCUCCUCCACCAGCAGCGUGCACCAAUUCUCCCCGCAGGCCGGCCAGCAGCCCUUCUCCGCCGGCGGCAGUAACAGCCACCUGGCGGCCGAGGGCGGGGCUGGCGGAACCGGCCUCGCUCCCUCCUCCUCGGCCGGGGGCGGCCGGCCGUCCCCGGCAGCCGCCCUCUCCCACCACCUGUCCUCCUCGCAGCAGUCCGUCUCGUCGGCGUCCUCCGCCGGCGGCCAUGCCGCUCGCGUCGGGUCCAUCUCCUCCCUGCGCGAAAGUGACCUGCCCCAGCAGCUGGCCCGCAAGCGGCACAUCGGCAAUGACAUCGUGUCGAUCGUGUACUCCGAUGACCCGCACUUCACCUUCGACCCGCGGUCCUUCGCUUCCCAGUUCCUUCACACCUUCAUCGUGGUGGUCCGCGUGCCGGAGCACAUGUGCCGCAUUGGUGGCGACGGCGACCACAGCCCGGCCACCCCCGCCCCCGCCCCCGCCCCCGCCCCCGCCACCACCACCAUCCACUCGCCUGGCCUCGAGUCUUCUCCCUCCCCGGCCCCGGAGCCGGCGGUCACCGGCAACGGGGAAACUCUGUACCGCGUGAGCGUGGUCACGCGCACCGUGGUCCCGGCCUUCGGGCCGGACCUCCCGGCCCACGGGCUCCUCACCGAGUCCCAGCUCCGGCCAUUCAUCCUGGCCAAGCUGGUCCAGGCCGAGCGCGGCGCCCUCCGGUCGCCGAUGUUCACCGUGCGCUCGAGCAAGACCGCCGCCUCGACCCUGCAGCACUUGAGCUCCACGCACUUCUGCGGACCGGAGAGCUCCGGCGCCGGGGCCGCCAUGGCCGCCAUCCUGGGGCCCGCCGUUGCCGGCGGACUGGCGGCCGGCGGCGGCGGCGGUGGGCCCGGCACUCCGGGCUCCGGGGCCUCGGCCGCCGGCAGCCAGCCCGGCCCCGGGGCCGGCGUCUCCGGCGGCGCCAGCGGCAGCGGGACCGGGGCCGCCUCCGGCACCGCCGGCGGCCCGCUGUCAGGCCCCUCCCACAACAACCCCGGCGGGCCACUGACCAAUAGCACCUCCACCCAGACCCUCAAUGGGGCGGGCGGGGCGGCUGGCAGUGGUGGCAGCGGCGGCGGCGGCGGCGGCGGCGGCCUGUCCCGCCAUGCUGGCUCGGCCUCGGCCGUGAACCUGCCACACCUGCAGACCGCCUCCGGCGGCGGUGGCAGUGGCCUGUACGCCGGCAGCGUCCUGGCCCUCAAGGUGGAGACCACACCGAGCCAUGUGAUCGCCGCGGCGACCUCCCUGCCUUCUCAUGGUGGCGGCUGCCUGCCCGCCUCCUCUGUCCUUGUUUCUUCGGUCACCGCCGCGGCCGGGCUGGCGGCCGGCGGCAGCCGCACCGCAUCGCCGACCUCCUCGCCGAUGGCCGGCACCGGCCGGGCCCGCGCGGCCACCCUGGCCGCCGUUCCCCUCAGCCGUUUGAACUCCCUGUCCAUCACCAACAGCGAUGAAUCCGACGAGGAGGAGUCGCUGGAGGAGGAGCACGACCAGGCUGACGGCUGCUCCGGUGCCCUCCCCCGGUGUCCGCCGGCUGUGGCCACCCACGAUGACGGGGCCAUCCCCUCGUCCGAGCAUUCCCCCAUGGCCGGGCUGACCAUCAACCAUCCGCCGGUGUCCCUGUCGCCGCUGGACUGCAGCGCUCUGACGUCGCCCGCCGCCGGCGGCCUCGAUGACGGGCCAGGUGCCGGGUCCUCCUCCUCGUCCGGUGUGUCGUCCUCCGUGUCCAGCCCCGGCGGCGCGGUCAUCACCCGGAUUUGAGCUUCUCUGUCCUUUCUCUCUUUUCUCUUUUUGUGCCCAUACACAUUUUCAUGUCCGUGGA